UCUCAUUCAAUAAUUUACUCAACACUUCUCAUUCACGUUUAUCAAUUUUCCCUGUUCUUUCUGUAGUUAUCUGCUGUCACUCAUAGCUCUAAUCUCUCUUUCUUCACUGUUCUUUCAGUUUUCCUCUCUUUUUAAGCUUUCUUUCUGGCGGAUAAACCGCGUUCUUUGCAGAUCCAGCGAAAAAUAAACAGAACUUCUGCUAUUUGAUCAAUGUGCUUGGAAUAGAAGAUUUCAAAAGGUGUUCGGAUUUGGGUUUCUAGUUGUGAUGCUAAGAUGGAAGAGGAUGGUGAGUUCAGGUGCUGGGAUGAAUUGCUUCCAGAUGCGCUUGGGUUGAUUUUCAAGAAUCUUCCACUCCAGGAGAUACUUACUGUGAUCCCAAGGGUGUGCAAAUCAUGGCGGAGAGCAGUUGGUGGACCUUAUUGCUGGCAGGACAUUGACAUCGAAAAAUGGAGCCAACAAUGUCGGCCGGAGAUCCUUGACCGCAUGCUUCAAAUGCUGAUAACUUGGAGCUCGGGUUCACUCCGCAAGCUCUGUGUUACCGGUCUCCCUAAUGACCAGAGCUUUUUGUUCAUUUCAGAUAAUGCCAAAUCUCUUCAGACUUUACGGCUGUCAAGAAGUGAAAUAAGUGAUUCAGUAGUGGAACAGGUUGCUGGGAGGCUGUCCUCGGUGACUUUCUUGGAUGUUAGUUACUGCAGGAAUAUUGGAUCCCUGGCCCUUGAAGCAAUAGGCAAGCACUGUAAGUUACUAAUGGGGUUGAGGAGAACAAUGCACCCAUUAGAGGUAGUAGAUAAACUGUCUCAAGAUGAUGAAGCCCUUGCCAUUGCUACUACAAUGCCGAAGCUCAAGCAACUUGAGGUGGCAUACUUGCUUAUUAGUACAGAAGGUGUGCUCAAAAUACUUGAAAGCUGCCCUGACCUUGAAUUAUUAGACGUGCGGGGAUGUUGGAAUGUAAAGCUAGAUGAAAAUUUUGUCAAGAAAUUCUCACAGCUGAAGGUGGUCGGACCUCUCGUUGUGGACUAUUUUGGGAUGAAGGGCUGGGAUGAUUGUUCAAAUUAUUCAGGUUCCUCUGGUUACUUGGCCUGGGAUUUUGUUGCUGGAGAUGUCGGUAUUGAUUACGGUGAUGAGAUAUCAGAUAGCUCCACACGGACGGUCAACUUUGACUGCGGUGAGCACUUUGCUAUGUACAAACACAGGGCUGCAAGGGUCAAACCGUCAACUGGCAAUAAGUUCUUGAGAAAACAAAAAAAUGUUUAUGCCCAAGCAGCUAAGGUGAAUUCUAUGGCAGUCCAGGAGUCUUGUAUGCCGAAGGAUCAGACAGAGUCUUGUAUGCCGAAGGAUCAGACAAACUGA